GUUAUAUUUCUUAUUGGUUCCUUUCUUAAUUCUUAUUAUUUAAAGGAAAUAUAUAAAAAAAUUACGAGGAAUUAAGAUCUACUUCAAGUAUAUUCUGAAAUAUGACAAGGAAAUAUUUAAAUUAAGAAAAUAUUAUUAAGACGUGGAAGCAAAAUUUUGUUACGACUUGUAUUAGUGUUGUGAAGGGUAUAUGAUAUCAAAAUGUUCAAAAAAUUUAAAGAUAAGCUAGCAGAAGAAGUGAAAUCUUCGCCACAACGAAUACAACAGUUUGCACAAGCUGCUCAGGCUGCUGUGACAUCAGCCUCAAGUAGUAUAUCUGAUAUCACCAACAAUGACCUAUUUUCCAUAGAAGAUAGUGAUAAUUCAACUAAAACUCAAUUGUCAAACAGUCAGCCUAGUGCAAGUCAGAACUUAAAUCAAUCUACGCAAAGUUCUGCAGAUUUUGCAGACUUUUCAAUGGGUUUUGAGAAUCGACAACGACAAAGAAGAUUAUCCAAUAGUUCAUUGGCUAGUGACAUAUCAUUUCAACUACCAAAUUAUGAGAGCCCAUCUAUGUACCAUUUACAGUCUGAUAUGGAUGUGUCGGCCAGUGAAGCGGAAGAAAUUAAUAUUGGAAAUGUGAACCUCAACCGUGUAACCAAAGAACAGUUGUAUGCGGCUUACAGAAGGACACAGGAGCGGUGUAAAAAGUAUAAAACACAGUAUUCUGAUUUAGCAAGGCAUUAUAAGCUUUUGGAAAGAGAAAAUGCUAAAGCAAGGAAUGUUCUCGUUGAGACACAAGAUAAAGCAUUGAGAAGAAUAUCAGAACUUAAAGAACAGUGUUCGUUGGAAAAUAGUGCAAAAGCCCACCUGGAACAAGUAUUACGUGUUGAGUUGGAUGAAAAAAAUAUGAUGAUUGAGUCCCUUAGUACCCAACUUAAUCUUUUGCAAAAUGAUAAUUUAGUGAAUAAGAAUGAUGCUAACGACAAUGCACAAAUGCAAUUAAUUAAUUUAAAUGACGACAAUGAAAAGGAUGUGACCCAAUCGGCAGAAGUUAUUAAUAAUAAGAUUGAAAAAUUAGAACAAUUACUAAGCAAAUAUAAGGAAUCACUUAAAGUGACUAAAGAAAAGAAUUCCAACUUAACCACUGAAAUACAAAAGCUUAACAUACAAUUGGACACUAAAAUAAAAGAAAACACUCAAUUGCAGCAAAAUAUUGAGAAAAUGAACGAAAGCUCACAAAACAAUCAAGUGUUAUUAAACAAAAUAGAAACUUUAGAAAAUUUAAAUAGUUCUCUAGAAUUUUCCAAAAAUAAAGAUGUUUCUAUUUUAGAAUCCAACUUGAAAAAUUCUCAAGAAGAAAUUGCCGAAUUACAAAAUAAGAUAAAGAUUUUGAGUAAGAGAGAAGAAGAAUAUGCUAUCUCAUUGGCAGAGAACAAAUUGAGAAUUCAUAAAGAACUAGAAAGUAAAGAAACCGAAAUAAAAGCGCUUAAAGGUGGUUUAGAAAAUGGUUGCCAGGAAAUCGAAACUUUGGAAAAAACUGUUAAAGAUCACAAAAAUAAAAUUCUACAAUUAGAAGGUGACAUUCUUAAAUUAAAUAAUGACCUUCAUGAUUUAUCCGCUACCAAAACGAAAUUGGAUAAUCUUAAUAAAGACUAUGAUAAUCUUAAAGAAAAGAAUAAGAUAUUAGAAAAUUCCAAAGCAAAAUGUGAAGAAGAUAAUAAUUGUCUUCAUUUACAGCUUAAACAAGAAACAGCUGAAAAGCUAUCGGUCAUUGAUCGUAAUGUUUACUUAGAAAGUCGUAAUACACAGUUGACAGAUGAAAAUACAAAAAAGCGUUCACAAAUUAAUAAACUCGAGGAGGAAGUGGCGUUAAUGAAAAGUAAUAUAAAUGAUUUAAAAAACACUUUAUCACAACAGGAACAAAGUGACACAGAAUCCAGUGUUCUUAGACUAACCGAAGAAGCUACGGCAUGGAAGUUGAAGUGUAGUAGUUUGGAAUCGGAAAUACAAGAUGAAAGAGUUGAACUAGGAAAACUGCAGUCGGAAGUCGAGAAACUUCUACAGAAUCAUGAAGCCUUACAAAACCAAAAUAUUGAACUUAGUGGAACUUUUGAAAGGUUACAAUCUGAAAAUAUGAAACUGUACAACGAAGUUGAUAAAUAUAAAGCAAUAAAAAUGCAACUUAUCGAAUUUAAAAAAUGUACAACAGAUAUUCGCGGAGUAAUGGGAGUAAUAUCCAAUGAAUCACGAUCUUUAAAAAAUGAAGUUAUGACCUGGCUACCUCAACUUAGAGAUGGUAUUGUUAAGCAUCGGAAUCUGGCUUACACACAAAUAAAGGACUUAGAACAUAUUCAAACCUCCCUAAAGAAACAAAAUUCAAAAAUAACGACGGAGUACGAAAUCCUUACUAAAAGUGCUGAUUUAGUGAGAGUCGAAAAUGAGAAAUUAAAGUUAGCUUUGCAAGACAGUGAAACUAAAUGUGAAAGUAUUUCGGACCAGCUAAAUAAUAUUACUAAAGAUAAUGAUGCAAUAAAAUUGAAUUUACAGCAAUAUAAUUCUUUAGAUAGUGAAAAUAAAGAACUGUGCAAUAAGAUUAAAAACUUAGAAGAACAAAUUAAUAAACUUAGCAAAAAGUUGAAUAAAAGCAAUGAACUGUAUAAGUCAAGCUUAGUACAAAUUGAGGCCUUAACUAAAGAAAAGGGUAACGCGUCUGAAACGCAACAAGAAUACGAAGAAAACCUAAAACGUAUUGACGAACUAGAAAAUAAUUUGAAAAUAAAGCAACACGAAAAUGAUGAAUUGAUUGUAUCUAAAACAGAAAUAGAGAAUUUAUAUACAACCUUAGAAAUUGAAAUUAAUGAACUACGAGUUAAUUAUUUAAAGAAGGAAACUGAUUACGAAGCUUUGAGAAAUGAAAGUGACAGCGAAAAAUCAAAACAACAUGAGAUGCAACAGAAAUAUGAGAAGUUAAAAUCAGAACUCUUAGAUAUGAAAGAUACAGUAAUAUCGUUAAAAGACGAUAAUAAUACUUUACGCCAGUUUAAGGCAGAUAAAGAAAAAGAAAUUAAAGAAACGGAAGCUGCAUUAAAUGAUGUACGGGGCCAUUAUGAAUCUAAAUUAAAGGAAUUGAAUGAAGAGAAAAAUUCACUUACAUCAACACAGACUGAAAUGGAUAAAAAGUUGUUGGAAUACGAAAAACAAAUUAAAGAUGUCACUUCCGAAUUAAAUCAAGUACGCGAGAGCUAUGAGAUUAAACUUAAAGAGUUUAAUACUGAAAAUGAUUUACUUAAAUUUUCCCAAGUUGAAUCUCAUAAUAGCUUAAAGGAGGAAAAUGAUAGACAAAUUAAGGAAAUUGAGGCGAAAUUAAAUCAUGUACGCGAAAGUUAUGAACAUAAGUUAAAAAAAUUUAAUGAUGAAUAUGAAAUUCAUAAAAAGUUAAAUGAAGACAAUGUAAAACACAUGGAAACCGAAUUAAGUCAAGCACGUGAGAGUUAUGAAAGUAAAUUAAAGGAAUUAAAUAAUGAAAAUGAUUUAAUAAGAUCGUCCCAAGUUGAAAUUAUUAAAUCCUUAAAGGAGGAACAUAAAAAACAAAUUAUAGAUAUCGAAGCAGAUUUAAAUUCAGCACAAGAAAGUUAUGACGGUAAACUAAAGGAGUUAAAUAAUGAAAAUGGACUACUAAAAUUAUCACAAGCUGAAAUUUCUGAAAAGUUCAAGAAUGCACAAUCAGAUUUAACACAACUUAUUUCAAAACAUAAUGAAUUGGAGCAAAAAACAGUUGAAUUGAAUAAUUUAAUUAAAGAUUUGGAAAUGAAAUGUAUAUCACAAAAUAACGUUAUUGAAGAGCAAGAAAAGGCAAUAUCUUUACACAAACUCUGCGAAUGCGACAGUCUCAAAGAAGAUAACAAAAGACUUUGUUCCGACAUCGAAGGCCUGCAAACUUAUUUAACGAAGAUUUCAAAAGAAAAUAGCGAAUUGAAUGAUAAACUACGUGAAGUGUUGGCAAGUGAAAAUUCAAGUGACAGUGAACUUAAAACAGAAAUACAAUCUGGGAAAGACAAAAUCGACGAACUUCUAAGAGAAAAUUCGUUAUUAAUUGAAGAAAAUUUAGAAUUAAAAGAUCAAAUACAGAACAGUACACAGACGCGCGCACCGAACAGCGAAGAGAAACACCUAAACGAUAAAUACAAACUAUUACAAGAAGCGAAAAGCAGUUUGGAAAUCAAAGUUAACGAAUUGGAAGAAAUGAAUGAUUCGUUAAAUAGAUCUAUGGAUCAAAAUCAAAACAAUUAUGAAAGACUAAAGUUGUCUAAUGAGAAGUUGCAAAGGAAACUGGAUGAAGCUCUCGUCAGUUUAAGACAUUUGCAUGCCCUCGAAGAGAAUACGGAGUUGGAAUACCUUCGUAACAUUUUGUAUGAAUAUUUAACUGGGCCCGGAUCACAUUCGCUGACAUUAGCCAAGGUGCUGGCGGCUGUAGUCAAGUUUGAUGAUCGGCAAACCGAACAGGUGCUGAUAAAGGAAAGGGAGCGGCAAGGAUUUCUUCACCAACUAGGCAUCAUUUGAUAUGAAGAUAACGGGUAUAGAACUCAAUAAAUUUAUUUGCCGACUUGUGUCUAUGGUUAUAAAAUGACAAUUAGUGGUUUGUAGUUUUUUAAAAUAUAUUGUGUGAAGCAUUUCCUUUUGUGAAUAAACAAGCAAUAUACAAGUCUCAAAGGUGGAAAGAAAUGCUAUUUCAUACUAAUUAAUCAAAAUUAAAUUAUUGCUAUAUUUGAACUCCCAAUAAUGUAUUUAAUUUUUGUAAAUAAGAAUUGCUUCUCUUUCUACACCAGUAAUACGCGGUUUACGUAAUUGUCUAUCUCUUUUUAUCACACUGUAAAAACCAUUUAUCGGAAAGAGACAAAAGUACUUUAGUUCGAACUGCAAUAUGUAAAGUUUUAUAGGGGUUUACGACCUUGAACUCUUUUAUAUCAAAGUCAAGGACACGGGCUAUAGUCGAUUUUGUUAUUAGCUUUAUUCUUAUUUAAAAAAAUCUCUUUGCCAUAUAUAUUUGUACUAAACUUUCAGAUUCCUAAUAUUAAAAUUUUCUGUAACGAUUCUAUACACUAUGUGAAUUGUAGACUAAUUACUUUUGGACACAGUAAAAUGAUAAAAUAAAAAUAUAGAUGGCUUUAUAAAACCUAGACAAAGGUCUGGUUAUGAUGGUUACGAUAUAUUAAAAGUCUUCUGCUCUGUAAUGAAAUCGUAAUUCCAUGCCAUAGAGAAUAAGCUUUUAUAUUUAUUAAUUUUAUAUAAAAAUAACUGUUUAUAGUGAGUGUACUUAAGGGAUCCAUAACGGUUUAAACUUAAUCAUAAUGUUAGGAUAUAUUGUGUCAUAUGUCACAUUGACAUAAGCUUGAUCAAAGAGAAGAAAAUAUAAAGUCUAGCUGAGGGUAUGAAAUAAUUUUACCGCGUAUGACGUAUCUAUAAACAAAUAGGAUCAUAUCCUAUCGGGCUGGAAAAUAUGAUAUAAAUAGGAACAUAAAUGAAUGCAAUGAAUGGAGUUAGGAUGUAAGAGUUCAAUAGUGAAUUGUCUGUUGAUCCCACCACAGGCUGGUCACGUCAUGUUCGACCAACCACAAUAAAACGCUACGAACCGUCAUUUUUUAAAAUAUUUGUUGUAAUAUCGAAAAUUUCCAAAGUCGAGGGGCUUAUAAAAUAAUAAAAACAUCAUGGGCUUGGCUCAUACAUUGUGACCUCUGAAUAUAGUUAGAGGAAGAACUGCCUUCCUCCACAUUUUUAACAUUUAUUUUGUUUGUUUGCUUACAACAAUUACUAACAAUUGUUCAGUGUUUAAGACUAUUGAAAAGAAUUAACAUUCCAUUUAAUGAGUGGAUUAAUUUGUUAUUUAAAUAUUUAGUAAGAUUUUUAAUAUUAUUUAUUAAUAAAAUUAUGUUAAUAUGUAUACAACCUAAUUUAU